GGGAGAGAUGGGGGAGUGUCAUCACUCAGCGUAUGAUUUUUUUCGUCGUGGUAGAGCUCCUCUAUGAAUCUUGUAAAUUAUGUUUUGAAAACUGUACAAAAUACAGUGAACGUACCGAAGAAACCCGUUCUGACACCGAUUCCUCUGUCGACUUAAGAAUCAGCCCCAGAUCUUUCUUUUCGACCGACACCUGACCAGUAGAAGACUUGAGUUUUACAUCAAAAUGAUGCUGAUAUGGGUUGUUCAUACUAAAUGACAUAACAUAAAUAAUAAAUGACAUCACUCAGUGAACACCAUAUGACAAGCAUCUAUAUUUCCUUUGCUCUUCGGGAGGUGUUGUAAUGGACCUAGAAUCCAAGGCUGUGUAGGUGUGGAUUUGUUUUUGACAUCAUGGGCUGUGGAGGCUCCAGGACAGAUGUGUUGGAGCCCAGAUAUAUGGAAAGCUGGACCAAAGAGACAGAGUCCACCUGGCUGACCAGUACGGACACAGACCUACCCCUGUCCUCCAUCCAGAGCAUCCACUCGGAAAACUCUUCAGAGGUGGGCUUCCCAUCAGAGAAGACCGCCAACCUCGAUCUGUUUGAUGAUGGUCUGCCUUCUCCAGCUCAGGCGUAUCUGAAAGUGUGUUCUGCCAUGUCUGAGGUGGGUCUGAAUGACAUGAAACCUGGCAGCACCCCUGCAAUCCUCUCUUCUCAAGAACAGGAAGUGCUGUCUUCUUCUGCUACCACAGUGCAAAGGAGAAGCGUGCUACGAACUGAGGAAAUAACCAAAUGGCAGGACAGCCGGAUGUCCACCAAGCAAGUGACCAUCACUGUGACUCAAAGCAUCCGGCAGGUGGACAAGAGCGGGAAGAUCAAGGAAACUUCACAAACCACCUAUGAGGUCAUGAAACCGGUGGAUGGUUUGAUGGACGCAGCAGUUGACUCAAUGCCUCAAUGAGGUGUUCACCCAAGACCUCAAGAAGACUGUAUCCUGGAUUUCUGGAAAGCCUUGUUGAAGAUGUCAUGGACCAAAGAAGAAGCAGGGAUGACCUAAAUGAAGACGUUCAUCAGUGCUGCCAUUAACAGGUUUCAAGGGUCAGUUAAAUGUUGUAUUCAUUAUUCAGUUACACUUGACCUAUUUAAUAAUAUGUAUUUUUAUGUACAUCUUUUCUCUGUAAUGUCUUUGUCAAAAUGUAUUGUUUUUUUUUCUGAUGCCAACGAAAAGAAUCUUAGUAAAAGCAUCUACUGUACAUACACUGAAAGCACAGGAUUGGUCAGGAAGGGCAACCAAUGAUUUUGUGAAAAGUGUAAAAAUGAUACUUAAAAUAGUUUAAAAACAUACCAACAACAUGUUUGUCCCAGAAAUAAAAGAAAGCUUGAUGUCGAUGUACUGCUUUAAUUUUCAUCUUGGAUCUAAAAAAAAACAGGGCCCUUACUAUAACACUGUUGUUGCCUUCAGCUUUUUGGGGUACAAAAACCUAAUUACAGUUUCUGUAGCAAGCUAACACUGCUGCGAAAGGUAGUGCAAGAAUAUAUGAAGCAGCACUGUUUUGUUUGUUAUUGCAGUAUAUCAUUGCUUUACACACUGAAAGAUGAUGUUUAUUGUUGAGUUAUAAAAUAUCUACUGGAAGCACAUAA